CGAUGCUAUUCGAGUAUUUGACAAGUAGUAAGUAGUAUAUGGUGAAAUCUCUUUUGUGGCCCCAUUUUUUGGGCAAAUCUCUCUCACACGACUCUGUUUUUGUUUUUGUUUUUGUUUGAUUCUUCGUCGCUGUUUUGUUUAAACCACAACAACAACAACAUAUAACACAGCCGUCGCAACUACACUCACAAAGUAUACUCGUUUUUCUCGCUUCUCUCCCGACAAACAAACUAAGCCUUCGUCUUUUGGAUCAUCUGAGUUCGUCUAUUACUUCUGUCCGAUUUCGCUGAUGAAAUCUGUCGGAGUUUGCGUGUGAUCGUUCUUCUCAUUAAUUCAUAAAAAAAGGAAACUUUUUUUUUCUUUUUCUUUUGUCGAGUUCAAUUGAGGCAAAUUCGUUCAAUGGCAUCAGUUGCCGAGAGCUCUUUUCCUCUUCUGUAUCAAAUCAAGACUCAGCGUCGGGUCACUUCGUCUUCUACGCUGAGGAAUUCGAGUCUUGUCCGAGUUUCUUACCCUGAUGGGUCGCUUUCAUUCCGUGGUCGGAGCUUCGUUCUUGGGCAUCGAUGGAAGUGUGUGAGGCGCUUUGAGGCUACGGGCUCAGGCUCUUCUGAAUCUGCGAGUGGAGAUGAGCCUGAGGAUGCGCUUCAGGCUACCAUUGAGAAGAGCAAGAAGGUUCUUGCUAUGCAAAGGAACCUUCUUCAGCAGAUUGCUGAAAGGAGGAAGCUGGUCUCAUCUAUAAAAGAGAGCACACCUAACUUGGAUGAUGGAGAAGCUUCUUCCAAGGAAGAGUAUGAUGAUUCUUCUGUGAAUGCUAAUACUAAUGCUACUAAAAAAGAAAAGAUGGAUGGAGAUGUAAACGGUAGUGUUAGCCCAGACAGUUAUGGCAAGUCAUCUUUGAACAAAGAAACAGAAGCUCAGACGUCAUCUCUAGGCACUGACUCCUUGAAGAAAAGCAAACAAAGCUCAGCGGCUGUAAGAUCUUCUUCCACAGUAACCUCUCCUGAGAAACCAUCCAGCGUAGCCACUAAUGGGAAACCUUGGUCUAGCGUAGUAGCCUCUAGUCUAGAUCCUCCUUAUAAACCCUCUUCUACUCUGACCUCUUCUGAGAAAACUUCUGAUCCCGUGGUUUCUCCUGGAAAGCCGAGUAAUUCGCACGCUGGUGCAUUUUGGUCAGACCCUCUACCGUCUUACCUGACUAAAGCACCUGAAACAUCAACUAUAGAGACCGAGAAGUACAUGGAAACAAGAGAGGAAAAUAACCCUGAAGAAGCUAGUAGUGAAAGUAAUGAACCUGGGAAGGACGAAGAGAUGCCACCUCCACUGGCUGGAGCUAAUGUCAUGAAUGUCAUAUUGGUUGCAGCAGAGUGUGCUCCAUUUUCAAAAACAGGUGGCCUUGGAGAUGUAGCUGGUGCUUUGCCAAAAGCUUUGGCUCGGCGUGGACAUAGGGUUAUGGUUGUGGUUCCUCGGUAUGCAGAGUAUGCCGAAGCCAAAGAUAUAGGGGUACGGAAGAGAUAUAUGGUGGCCGGGCAGGAUAUGGAAGUAAUGUACUUCCAUGCAUAUAUAGAUGGUGUGGAUUUUGUUUUCAUUGAUAGCCCUGUAUUCAGGCAUCUGAGUAAUAACAUUUACGGUGGAGACCGACUUGAUAUCUUGAAGCGAAUGGUUUUAUUUUGCAAGGCUGCUGUUGAGGUUCCGUGGUAUGUUCCUUGUGGUGGUGUGUGUUAUGGAGACGGAAAUUUGGCUUUUAUAGCAAAUGAUUGGCACACUGCAUUGCUACCGGUUUACCUGAAAGCCUAUUACCGAGAUCACGGAAUGAUGAAAUACACACGAUCUGUUCUUGUAAUCCAUAACAUUGCUCAUCAGGGUCGGGGACCGGUAGAUGAUUUCUCGUGCGUGGAUUUACCGAGCCAUUACUUGGAUACCUUCAAGUUAUAUGACCCAGUAGGAGGUGAGCACUUCAACAUUUUCGCGGCUGGUCUAAAAGCCGCGGAUAGAGUUCUCACUGUUAGCCAUGGAUAUUCCUGGGAGGUUAAGACCUUAGAAGGCGGUUGGGGUCUGCAUAACAUCAUAAAUGAAAACGACUGGAAAUUUAGAGGAAUUGUCAACGGUAUAGAUACAAAAGAAUGGAACCCAGAAUUUGAUAAUCACUUGCACUCUGAUGACUAUACCAACUAUUCUGUGGAGACACUUGAGAUUGGUAAACCCCAAUGUAAAGCUGCAUUACAGAAAGAGCUUGGUUUGCCUGUUCGACCGGAUGUUCCACUGAUCGGUUUUAUCGGAAGAUUGGAUCACCAGAAAGGUGUUGAUUUGAUAGCUGAGGCGGUUCCAUGGAUGAUGAGUCAGGAUGUUCAGCUGGUUAUGUUAGGCACAGGGCGACCGGAUCUUGAAGAGCUCCUCAGACAAAUGGAGCAUCAGUACCGAGAUAAAGCAAGGGGAUGGGUUGGGUUCUCGGUUAAAACAGCACACAGAAUAACAGCUGGUGCAGACAUAUUGCUGAUGCCCUCGAGAUUCGAACCGUGCGGUCUAAACCAGCUUUACGCAAUGAACUAUGGAACCAUUCCAGUGGUCCAUGCCGUGGGAGGGUUGAGAGAUACAGUUCAACAGUUUGACCCAUAUAGUGAAACUGGUCUUGGUUGGACAUUUGACAGUGCGGAAGCAGGUAAGCUGAUACAUGCCUUAGGAAACUGUUUGUUGACAUAUAGAGAGUAUAAAAAGAGUUGGGAAGGGCUUCAGAGAAGAGGAAUGACACAAGAUUUGAGCUGGGAUAAUGCUGCAGAGAAGUACGAAGAAGUUCUUGUUGCAGCUAAGUAUCAGUGGUGAGUUAACGAAAGUUCCUUUUUUUUACUGUCUAUAAAAGAACUUGUCUUUGGAGUUGUUAAGAAGCUUAGCUGUGUAGAUUUUGUGAUAAAACUACAUUGGAGCUCGGCAAAUUCUCAUGCCAUUAAGCUCCUUGUGGUUAAGGAUUCAAGCUUGUUAAUCU